CAUUGUGGAACACCUUUAUUCACAUCGUUGGAUGCACAUCGUGGUUUUCAUCCGUCGUGGCGAGGUGAUUUGGAAAUACUCGCGUAUAAUAUCUUCUAUUGGAUCACUGGUUCACUGCCGUGGCAGAACGUUCAAGAAAAUUCGGAAAAGGUGCAAGCUGCAAAGGAGUCAUUUUCACAGAAUUACGAUCGAGAAAUAUCGAAAUUGAUUACGAAUGCGUGUGGCGGUUAUCUGUCAAAACUGUUCGCAAUUGCCUAUGCGACACCAUACAAUGGCAAACUGAAUUACGAUGAAAUUAUUGAGAUCGUCAGUGCUGCCUUGAAGACUAAGUCAGCACCAAAAGUGUCCAAAAAAUCGGUUAUAAAAGAAGCGGUUCCUAAACCGGCGAUCAGCAAACAUGAAACAGACAUCAAAGAUUCGAAUUCACGUCAACCUCAGCAAAGUCCGGUUGUUCGGAAAGUUGAUAAGGUUGGCGUGAAAUCGAAGACGGUAACUUCCAAAAAGAUAAAAUCUCCACUGAGCAGAUUGUCCAAACGGAAUGCUUCUCAACAUCGUUCCCCUGCGUCUAAAUCACCAGUGAUAAUACCAGGAUUAGCGACUUGGCGUUCUCCAAGAAGAAAAGUGAAAGUAGGUGAUUCAAGUGCUGAUCGAAAUGCAUCUUCUUCAUUGAGUGCUCGAAAGCGGAAAGGACAACAAGAUGCGACAGAGGUCCCGAUAAAGCAGAAGAGCCCCGGCACCGACGAAAACGGUAGCGAACAAAUAAAGAGCAGCGGUAACCAGGAAGAUUCAAGUGAUAAAACUAAGAGUUCCGCAAAGAAAGUUCAAGGUAAACCAAGAAAAUCACUGCGUAAACCCAUCGUUAAAUCGCCACCACUGAAUAUUGUUCCGUCGGGCCGCUCGCCGGAAAUAGGAGAACAGUCGGCGUUGGCAGCUAUAAUACCAGGUGUACGCAAUAUGAAGCAUAUUCGUCGUUCGUUGAGUACGGCUCUACUNCGUUGGCAGCUAUAA